AUGACGACAGUAGUCACUGCCAAUGAGUACAAUAACGUUAAUACGCAGCAAAAGGAAAUCAACAUCGAAGCUUCCAAGCAUAUUGAGCUUGAUGAAGCGAUUCUCGCAGCAUUACCGUCCGGUACCAAUGUUGUUGCAGUGACACCAUCAGGCGCCAGUGCUUGGGCACACAGUGUGUGUCUGGAAACUCGGCUCGCAGAUGGAGUCAAGAAGCUGUAUUUCUUGAAGGCAAGCUCGGGACAUUCUGCAAGUGGUGGUUGUGAUCUGGCAAGGCGGAUGUUUGAAGGAAGUUUCGAAUCUGAGUCUCUUCUUCACCGGUACCUUCCAAAUUACGUCCCAAAACCCCACGCCUGGGGUAGUUACAGCUCACCACAGGCCCCCAAUACGUGGUACUACCUCUGCGAUUUCCAUGACUUGGUCGAUGAGGUUCCCGCGCUUGAUCAAUUCGUGUCCGUUAUCGCCAGUUUGCAUAAUGAUAGCCUAGGGAAAGAGCAGCGAUAUGGUUUCCAUGUGCCAACUCACCUUGCCAAUAUACCAAAUAACAACGAGUGGCAGGAUACAUGGGAGGCUUUCUUCAAACAGCUGAUGGAACGUAUGAUGCAGGUAGAAGCUGAUGCCCAUCCUCCCGACGAUGAGUUCGAAGGGCUCAAACAAGAUUUCAUGGCUAAAGUUCUGCCUCGACUACUUCGACCCUUGGAGACCGGCGGUCGUUCGAUACAGCCAUGUCUCAUUCAUUCGAACCUAUGGCCUGGCAAUUGCAUGCUUGACGCGGACUCCGAUGACGUUAUAGUCUUCGACUCCUGCGCCUAUUGGGGCCACAAUGAAGCUGAUCUUGGCAGCUGGCGUGCCCCGAGGUACCGGCUUGGGAAGCCAUAUAUCAAACAGUAUCAGCGAACAAUAAGUAUUUCGGAGCCUGAAGCGGACUGGGAUGACCGAAAUGCCUUAUACGCGAUGCGGUAUGACCUUCUCGUGUCGGCUUUGUAUCCAGGUACAUCUUAUGGACUAAAAUUCAGAGAGCUGUAA